AUGUUUUCUCUUUUAUAUAAUAGCACUGUACCGGUGACAUGCAAAUAUGGUUAUAAUCCAUAUAUUGACAAUACAACCAACGCUUUAAAUCCAUGUUUUGUUAGUUUAGUCUCUACAGCAACUACUACUUUUUUCAUCAUAGUAGGUUUAUGGCAAUUAGUUAAUUUAUAUCUGAAUGCAGAGGUACCAAGAUCAUUCAAUAGAAAUAUCAAAAACUUUCAAUGUUUACCAGCAAGACACAUAUCCCAUUUGACAUCUAUUCUGUUCCAAGCAACAUUAUAUUGCAUUCAAUUCAUAUAUGUCAUAAAAAAUACAUCUCAGAGUUAUCCGCCAAUUUUGAAGUAUUCCAUAUUAUCAAAUUUGUGUUUUACCAUACUAAUAUCAUUACCCACUCAAUAUAUUCAAUAUUUUAAAAGUAUCUGUGCAGUUGGGAAUCAAUUAUUCUUCUAUUUGGUGCAAAUACUAUUUUUAUCCUUUCAACUUUUACAAAGAUAUUACCAUAGCCCAGAUGAUUCAUAUAAUCUAAUACAAGGUAAUAUAGGUAUGAUCAUAGAAAUCUUAUUAAUGUUAAAUGUCACUCAAAUAUUUGUUUACGAUUUAAUAGUUUUCAAACCUUCCCACACAAUUAUCAAUUAUUACGACGAGAAUAAUAUAUUCCAUUCUGUAAACAUCUUUUCUAAUUUAACGUAUAUGUGGAUGAAUAAAUUAAUCUCUGAAACAUAUGCAAAUAAGAAAUUAAAGGAUCCAAACCAUUUACCUUUACCACCAAUUGAUUUAAAUAUUCGUGAUUUUACAGUAUCAGUAGAAAAAAACUGGGAAUAUCAAAGACUUCAAAAUAAAAACUCCUUAUUGAAUGCAAUUUGGAAAACUUUUGGUUUGACAAUUUUGUUAGCUAUGUCAAUGGAAACCAUAAACGAUUUAUUGAAUAUUAUUGAACCGCAAAUUUUAAGAUUAUUUAUUAAAUGUUUCAACAAGGAAGAAUCUCAAGCUUCAUUCCCCCCUUUACAUGGUAUAUUUUUAGCACUUUCGUUGUUUUUGAUUAACAUUAUUUCCACAAUCUUGAAAAAUCAAUUCUUUAUUACAAUUUUCGAAGCAGGUUUAGGUAUCAGAGGAUCUGUCAUGAGCUUAAUUUAUCAAAAAACAUUAAAAUUAUCUAGUGCAUCAAGAGGUGAAUAUACUACAGGUGAUAUAUUGAAUUUACUUUCCGUUGACGUCUUAAGAUUACAAAGAUUUUUCGAAAACUCUCAGACUAUCAUUGGGGCCCCAUUACAAAUUGUAACAGUAUUAAUUUCAUUGUAUUUCUUACUUGGGAAAGCUAUUAUCGGUGGUCUAUUAGUUAUGGCAAUCAUGAUUCCUGUGAAUUCAUUCUUAUCUAAGAAAAUCAAAUCUUUAACGAAGACACAAAUGAAGUAUAAAGAUAUUAGAAUUAAGACAAUCACAGAAAUUAUAAAUUCAAUCAAAUCUAUUAAGUUUUAUGCUUGGGAAAAGCCAAUGUUAGAAAAAUUGAACCAUGUUCGUAAUGAUCAAGAAUUGAGGAAUUUGAAGAAAAUUGGUAUUGCGUCAAGUUUAAUAUAUUUUGCAUGGAAUUGUGUACCACUUAUGGUCACUAGUUUCUCAUUUUUAAUCUUCUCAUACGUCAAUGAUUAUCCUUUAACACCUGAAUUGGUAUUCCCAUCAUUAUCACUUUUUAAUAUUUUAAAUAUGGCAAUCUAUGAAAUUCCAUCAACUAUUAAUACUAUUAUUGAAACUAAUGUUUCUAUGGGAAGACUGAAGAAAUUCUUAUUAGCUGAAGAAAUUGAUACAUCUUUCAUUGAAAAAUCAGCUGAAGAUUUUGAAGAUAAUGACGCUGCCAUUGAGAUAGAAAACGCUACAUUUCUAUGGAAAUCAAAGAAGGCGAUAGUAGAUCAACAAAUGAAUGAUGAAGAAGCACAUGUUGGUUCAACCGAAAUUGCAUUGAAAAAUAUUGAUAAAUUUAUUGCUAAAUCUAAGGAACUGACUUGCAUAGUGGGCCGUGUUGGAUCGGGUAAAACAACAAUGUUAAGGGCAAUUUUGGGACAAUUACCAUGUGUCAGUGGCUCCGUAGAAGAUAAACCUCCGAGACUAUACAUUAGAGGUCAAGAAAUUGCUUACUGUCCUCAGGAAGCAUGGAUUAUGAACCAAUCUAUAAAAGAAAACAUUCUUUUCGGCCGUAAAUUCAACAGAAUAGUGUACGAUAAAACAAUUCAAGCAUGUCAGUUAUUGCCAGAUUUUAAUAUAUUUUCCGACGGUGAUGAAACUAUGGUAGGAGAAAAAGGUAUCUCUCUUUCAGGUGGUCAAAAAGCACGUUUAGCACUUGCUAGAGCCGUAUAUGCCCAAGCAGAUAUAUACUUACUAGAUGAUAUCUUAUCUGCAGUAGAUGCUGGUGUUCGUAAGAAUAUUAUUCGUGACGUGAUAGACCGUGAUCAUGGUUUACUUAAGGACAAAACAGUUAUCUUAUCUACAAACACCCUUUCAGUCCUUAAAUUUGCUAGAAACAUUUAUGUCAUGCAAGCAGGUUGUAUUGUCGAAGAAGGGACGUAUCAAGAUGCAAUGCUAAAAGAGGCUGGUGAUUCUUUACUGACAAAUAUGUUAUUAACGUUCGAUAGUAACAAUAAUGAUCAAACUGGUAAUAACACGUCAGAUAAGGAAAUUCCAAUUGAGAUCAAAGUUGAUUCCGGUUCAGAAGUUCCAGCUUUUGUGGAAGAUUUAGAAGAGGAAAAUAUUAAUGAUAUUCAGGAUAGUACUGAUGUGGAAAAUAUUGCUUUAAGAAGAUCUUCUUUUGCAACCUUAAAGUCGCUCCCAUUGGUUGAAGUUAAUGAUAACAAACGGAAGACUGGGCAAAAAAGAGAAAAAACUGCUGAAGGUAGAGUUAAAUUUUCAGUCUAUAUGACAUAUGCAAAGGCAUGUGGGUUAGGUGGUGUGGUUUUAUUCGGUGUGUUUCUGGUGUUAUCUAGAAUAUUUGAUCUUGGUGAACGUUUCUGGUUGAAAUACUGGUCUGAAUCUAAUGAACAAACUGGGAACAAUGGUAAUGUUAUUAUGUUUGUGUCUGUUUAUGCAUUGAUUGGUAUCGUAUCUGCAGCAUUUAGUAACUUAAGAACAAUUAUUCUUUUGAUAUAUUGUUCUAUUAGGGCAUCCACGAAUCUUCAUAAUAGAAUGGCAUAUUCUAUAAUGCGUAGUCCAAUGCAAUUUUUUGAAACUACACCGGUCGGUCGUAUUAUCAAUCGUUUUUCUUCAGAUAUUGAUUCUAUAGAUUCCUCAAUCCAAAAUAUAUUUGCUGUAUUUUCUAACUGCGUCUUAGAUUACUUUGUGACAGUUAUUCUUAUUGGGUACAAUAUGCCAUGGUUCUUUGUUUUUAACGCAAUACUACUUGUUUUGUACUAUCAAUACCAGAAGUUUUUUAUGGUCCAAUCAAGGGAACUUAAGAGGCUAACCAGUGUUUCCUACUCUCCAAUAAUGUCCCUAAUGAGUGAAACUUUAGGUGGUAGAUCUGUUAUUGCUGCAUAUGAUCAGAAUAAUAUGUUUAUUCAUUAUAAUCAAGAGAGGGUUCAAAACAAUAUUGACUGUGUUUUCACAUAUAGAUCUACUAAUAGAUGGUUAUCUAUUAGACUACAGGCAAUUGGUGCUUUUAUAAUCUUGUGUACCGCGCUGCUAACUUUAUCGACAAUUAAUACAGAUAAUCAAUUAGGUACUGGUAUGGUAGGUUUACUGAUGAGUUAUGUUUUGAGUAUAACUAUGUCAUUAACAUGGAUAGUACGUUCUUCUGUGUUAUUGGAGACUAAUGUAGUUUCCGUCGAAAGAGUUGUAGAAUAUUGUGAUCUACAACCUGAAGCUUUGGAGAUAAUCAGUGAUCACACUCCAGCAAAUGAUUGGCCUUCAAAAGGUGCUAUUGAAUUCCAUAAUUAUACAACCUCAUAUAGGGAGGGGUUAAAACCUGUGUUGAAUGAUAUUUCGAUAGAAAUUAAGUCUGGGGAAAAAAUUGGGAUUGUCGGUAGAACAGGAGCAGGAAAAUCUACACUGACCCUAGCUCUAUUUAGAUUACUGGAGGCAACUGAAGGUUCCAUCAUCGUUGAUGGGGUUGAUAUUUCUACUAUUGGGCUGGAGACUUUAAGAAGCAACUUGGCAAUUAUUCCUCAAGAUGCACAAGCUUUUGAAGGCAAUGUACGUUAUAAUUUAGACCCAUUCAAUAAAUAUAGUAAUGAUGAAUUGUGGCACGCACUUGCGUUGGCCCAUUUACAACCUCAUUUGACCCGACUAGCUCAAAAUGAUAAUGAUGUAACUAAGCCUACGAUCUCUGAUUGUUUGGAAUUCAAAGUAACUGAAAAUGGUUCUAAUCUCUCAUUAGGUCAAAGACAAUUGUUGUGUCUUGCCAGAGCAUUGUUGAAUAGAUCUAGAAUAUUGGUCUUAGACGAGGCAACGGCUGCUGUAGAUAUGGAAACCGAUAGAAUUAUUCAAGAGACCAUUAGAGCGCAAUUCAAGAGUAGAACCAUAUUGACCAUUGCACAUCGUAUCGAUACCGUGCUGGAUAACGAUAAAAUAUUGGUGUUGGAUCAAGGAUCUGUCAAAGAGUUCGAUAGUCCACAGAAUUUACUUUCGCAAAAGGAUAGUUUAUUUUAUUAUCUAUGUGAAAAGGGUAACUAUAUACCGCAAAGUAGUAAGUAA